GCUGCGCCCCUCUCCAGCCCCGCGCCCAGGACACGUCCCCGGGAAGCAGCGACUCCUCUCCCGCCGCCUCGGCACGAAGCGAGGGAAAGAUGAAGUGGCAAUCUGUCCUGCCACAGCACUGUAUAUUGCUGAUAUCAUGUCUUCUAAUGGCUUUGGAAGCUGUACCUAUAGACAUAGACAAGACAAAAGUUAAAGAAGCCCAUGCAGAAGGAGAAAAAGUAGAAAAUCCACAUUCUUUUUUGGAGGAUACGGGACUCUAUUAUGAUGAAUAUCUCAGACAAGUAAUAGAUGUCUUGGAAACAGAUAAGCACUUCAGAGAGAAACUCCAGACUGCUGAUAUAGAAGAAAUAAAGAGUGGAAAAUUAAGCAGAGAGCUUGAUUUAGUAAGCCACCAUGUAAGAACACGGCUGGAUGAACUAAAAAGACAAGAGGUGGCAAGAUUAAGAAUGUUAAUUAAAGCUAAAAUGGAUUCUGUUCAAGACACUGGCUUAGACCAUCAAACUCUCCUUAAACAAUUUGAGCACCUGAACCAUCAAAAUCCUGACACCUUCGAACCUAAGGACUUGGAUAUGUUGAUCAAAGCUGCUACAAGUGACCUGGAAAACUAUGAUAAGACACGCCAUGAAGAAUUUAAGAAAUACGAGAUGAUGAAAGAACAUGAGAGAAGAGAGUAUUUAAAAACACUUGAUGAAGAAAAGAGACAGCGAGAAGAAUCUAAAUUUGAAGAGAUGAAGAAAAAGCAUGGAGAUCACCCUAAAGUGCACCAUCCUGGAAGCAAAGAUCAACUCAAAGAGGUGUGGGAAGAAGCUGAUGGACUAGAUCCAAAUGAAUUUGACCCCAAAACAUUUUUCAAAUUACACGAUGUGAAUAAUGAUGGUUUCCUGGAUGAGCAAGAAUUAGAAGCCCUAUUUACUAAAGAGCUYGAAAAAGUCUAUGACCCCAAAAAUGAAGAAGACGACAUGGUUGAAAUGGAAGAAGAAAGGCUGAGAAUGAGAGAACAUGUAAUGAAUGAGGUGGAUGUCAACAAGGACCGGCUAGUAACUAUGGAAGAGUUUCUGAGAGCCACAGAGAAAAAAGAAUUUUUGGAGCCAGAUAGCUGGGAGACACUAGAUCAACAGCAGCUCUUUACUGAAGAGGAGCUAAAGGAAUUUGAAAGUCAUAUUUCUCAGCAGGAAGAUGAACUUAGAAAGAAGGCAGAAGAUCUUCAGAAGCAAAAGGAGGAGCUACAGCGGCAGCACGACCAGCUUCAGGCUCAGAAGCAAGAGUUUCAACAGGUUGUAAAACAGAUGGAACAAAAGAAGCUGCAGCAAGGAAAUCCUCCUGCAGGACCAGCUGGAGAACUGAAAUUCCAACCCCCUGGGGAACACAAAGUUGGGGAUGCACCAAGCCAUCCUGCAGGAGGUGAACAGCCUUUACCACCAGGACAUGUUCAAGAACCAGCUGUUAGAACUGAUCAUGUUCAAGUUCACCCUUAACCACUUGUGCCUCAACUUUAUACUGUCAUUAUUUGCAGGGGAGGGUAAAGAAAAAAAAAAAAAAAAAAAAAAAGAAACUAUGAACUCUCCACUUUCUUCCCCCAAUUGUAAAUUCUUUUGCAAGUCAUAGAUUAAAUAUUGAUCAGAUUUGAAUCACUAAUUUAUUUUUCUCUGAAAUGCAUCACUGGAAAAUGCAAUGAAGGGAUCACCUGAAGGGAUCACAUGAAGGGCUGUAUUCGAGGAGCAGAUGAAAGUCAGCAACACUAAGGGUUUUUAUGGCCAAGCGACUGAGCUGUUGGGUUCAGCAAAAAGCUGGCUGAGCUGCCAUAGAGCAGCAAUCAUAAUAUUCUCAGAAGCAGCAGGAACCUGGCCUGAAUACCAAAUUAGGUCUUAUCUUAUGUAAAAAUUCUUUCCAGAAACGUUGAGCAGCAAAGUAGAGAACUACAGACCAUAGACAACCAUGGUCUACCAUUUCCAGUGCUACCAUCCCCUUUCUUCUCUAAGGCCAAAUAGAAACAAAAUUCUGCAUGUUUCAUCAUAGAAAAUUUGCACUUUCUAAAAAUCUAAUUACCAAAAUKAUGUGCAACAGUGAAUACUUUUCAUGUUUUCAGAAGCCUAAGAAUUUCACUGUAAAGCGUUCAAUAGGAAGGCUGUACUUGUGGUGUAUUGAUCUUGAACCCUCCUCCUUGUUAAGAUUAAUUCUGUGGGGCAAUUGAAUACUCACCUGGCUCUGGACAGUACUUUCAUCCCUGUUUCUUUCAUCAGAUGCCAGACGAUCUCAAAAUUUUGCAUGUUAAAAGUUCUAUGUUGAUGGAAAUACUGUGCAAAACAGAACAGGACUCACCGUCUUUUUCUGUGCAGAUUUUAUCCUACCUCCUGUGGUAAUAUCUGAUUUUUCAAAAUGCACCAUGUGCUUCAAAAAGCUCCUUUUGGAUAUGGUUCUUUGGCUGUUAAGAGGUCUUGCUAUUAA